CUUUCGAUUGGCGAAACACAUACAGCUGUUACAUCCACUCCCAAGCAUUUCAAAAUAAUCUUAAAUCAUUAAUUAAACCUUUAGAUUUGUUUUUAAAUUGUUUGUUUAUACUCUAAAAAAAGAAAAAAAAAUCAAAGCUAUACUAAUCGAGAUCAAAAGGGUUACUUCACUAUAUUUGCAAGUACAAACAAAAAUAAAAUGAAUUCCAAGCGAGUGCUUGUAAAAGAUGGCGGAUUUGGCACUCAAAUGACAAUACAUGUUGGCGAUGCUGUCGAUGGAGAUCCUCUGUGGAGUGCCCGAUUUAAUGCAACAAAUCCGACUGCGGUUAUCAAUACACAUUUGGAUUUUUUGCAAAAUGGUGCAGACAUGAUAUUGACCAACACCUAUCAAGUUAGCGUGGAAGGUUAUAUGGAACAUUUAGAGUUGAAUGAAACAGAAAGUGUGGAUCUAAUAAAAAAAACAGUUCGUUUAGCACACACGGCCAAGGAAAAGUUUUUAAAGGAAACAUAUCAAGCGGGGUUAUCUGUUAAAGAAGGAUUCCCCCUAAUUGUGGCAUCCAUUGGACCAUAUGGUGCUCAUUUGCAUGAUGGUUCCGAGUAUACGGGGUCAUAUGCCGACUUUUUGCCAGCUAAAGAUAUAGGGGAUUGGCAUAGGACUAGAAUUGAUGCCUGUCUUGAGGCCAAGGUCGACGUUUUGGCUAUUGAAACAAUACCUUGUCAAAUAGAAGCUGAGGCUCUGACGGAAAUGCUUUGUGAAGAAUAUCCUGAUGUUAAAUUUUGGGUGUCCUUUCAAUGUAAAGAUGAUCAAACUUUGGCCCAUGGGGAAGAUUUUGUAGAUGCAGCCUUAUCCGUAUGGGACAUUGUAAAGGAACAUAAUUGCUUAGCAAAUUUCCUGGGCAUAGGUGUUAAUUGUGUCCAUCCAAAAUUUGUGACAUCACUUUUGAAAUCGGUCAAUGGAGAUAAAUGCAGUCGGGAGCAAUUGCCAAUGGUUGUCUAUCCAAAUAGUGGCGAAAUUUAUGAUGUCAACAAGGGCUGGAUGGGAAAGGAACAUUGUAUACCAUUGGCGGAAUACGUUAAGGAAUGGGCACAAUUGGGAGCAAAAAUUAUUGGUGGUUGUUGUCGUACGUAUGCACGUGAUAUACGGCAGAUAAAGGGAGUCAUAGAUGAUAUAAAUAAAGAAAAAUAAUUUCUUAUUC